AUGCCCAAUUCUCAAAAGGAUCUUUUCAGGCUGCUUCAAGGCAUUAAAUCCCCCGCUACUUUCCCUUCUAAGUGGCAAGAGACUUGCGCCGAGGCCCCAUUCGGAGGAGGGAGCUGCCAUUGCGCUCCUCAAACGCGCCUUGCGCCUGGCAUACCGACAUCACCAACCGCCUCUUUCACAUCCCGGCCGACAAUCACGAGAACUAGACUCCUCGAGCUCAUCUCUCAGCAUACUUCGAACGACGACGAGAGUGACGACGACGCCGCUGACGAAAACGGCGCAAAAUGCGAUGCCAGAGGACCCAGGAUCUGCAAGAAGGCGAUGAACGCUGCGAGGGACCGCUCUUAUGAAUGCAGCAUACGGCGGAUUCCAUGGGAGCACGGAGGCCUCAACCUACAAGUUUCAGGGAAGGGGAAAGCUCUCUUAGUAUUCUCGAAGCUGGUCUAUUGCCCUUGGGCAAGUAAAUAUGCAGCCGCCGAUCCAGCUUCGCUGGAUCUGCUACGCCAGAUUCUGGCUGCCAUGGACCGCAACAAUAUGUUGUUGAGUACCCUUAUCAACCACAUGACUGCCUCCGAUACCAUUCCGGGCCCUGUAUCGGCUCCUGAGUUGAAGACUACGCCCGGCAUACUGGAAGAUUAUUUGGGGCUUGGCAACUGCCCUUCGCACAGAAAGGCUGGAGCUCCUCUUCUCUACUAUGUUCUCUCUAGGUGA